AUGUCUGUCGGUGGAUUGAGUGGAGUCAGCUUGCCCUCGCUUCCGAGACUUGGCCAGCACCAUCAACAGCAGCAAGUUCCGCAACAGCAGCAGCCCGCUGCGUCCCAACACGUCCAAAUGUCAGAGGUGCCACGCACAGGAGUACCGCAGCCGGUUGGCGGCCAGGCGGUCGGUCAAGGCAUCGGUCAGCCCGCAGCCAUCAGUGCCCCUGGUUUGGGCCAGAUUCCUCCUGCUCAGCGAGCGGGUGACAUUUCAGGCGCUCCGCCCACGAAUGCUUCUGGUGCACCUGGCCUUCAGCAACGGUAUCAGGUACCCAUACCUUUCACACCGCGCUACAACUCUUUUAGACCCAACAUGCCCCCGGGGCCGGCUCCCGGUGUUGGACCUGUCCAAGUAAUGUCAGGCAGUCAAUUUAACCAGGGUAUGCCCCCUGGGAUGCCCCCGCCCCCCAUGAGCCAGAUGGCUGCCAUGUCUCAGCAGCCAAUGCCCGCGCCCAUGCAAAAUGCUGUGCACGGUGGCUACCCUAUGAGGGCCCCUAUGCAAAGUGCUGGUGGAUUUUCCAUGCCUGUACCUGCGCCCCCGCCUCCUGGCGCUACAAAUCAGCAGUCCGCAGCACCAGCCGGCACUGGAUCAUCUACCUUUUCUCCCAACAUCAGCAAUAGCUCGAACCCCCUGUUAGCUGUGCUAGCGGGGGGAUCGAACGCUAAUGGAACGUCUGCAACACAAAAUGGUGGUGUUGAAAGUCCCGGGAGUGGUUCCAAGUCGAAGCACCCCGAUGGUGCAGAUGCCUCGGCCUCGUCUUAUUUCUCCUCCGCAAAGGGCCAUCCCAACUUUGAGCUUUUGGGCCAACUUCCGGUGCCUUCUUUGACAGCAAGAGCAGCAAACGGUCGCGAAAGUCUCGCCUCCGUGUUGCCUGGUCUGGGGCCCGAAAGCCGCAUUCGGAAGCGUGAAGGUUCUACGGUUGCCGAAACAUCCUCGACACUAUUCGAAGGUAAUCCAAAGUCACUUCCUCUUCUCCAAAGCCUGGGGCUCGACAAACAUGAGGAGCAGACUGUGCCUGGAUCGUCCCCCGAGUCCCCGGCCCCGUCCAGAGCAGCCACUACCAUGGCGGCGAACUUGGCGAAAAAGCCCGACAUUGAUCGAUACGGACUGAAGCCGUUGCUGAAUGUUCUGCGGACUGAAAAUGGCGAGCGCAGUCAUAUGAUUUUGGAUACUGAUGUGACCCAUCUUGGCCUCAGCCUGAACGAUCCCAACGAACGGAUUUCCCGAACUUUUGCCUCGCCCUGGGUUGAAGCUUCGAAGCACUGUGUUGUUCCGGAUUUCUCUUUACCAGAGUGCUACACUGUCCAUUCUGCGGUUCCCCAGCAGCAGAAACUGCAGAAUCUAACCGAGGAAACGCUGUUUUACAUUUUCUACACAAUGCCCAAGGACGCCAUGCAGGAAGCCGCGGCAGUCGAGCUAACGAACCGCAACUGGCGCUACCACAAGGAGCUCAAGCUGUGGCUCACCAAAGACCCCAUGUCUGACCCAGUGCAGCAGACCGCUCAGGCAGAGAGCGGUAUGUACGUGUUUUUCGAUCCCAUUUCGUGGGAAAAGGUGAAGAAGGAGUACUUUUUGUACUACCCGGAUAUCGCCUAG